AUGGAAGGCAAAUUCUCUAUGGAUAGUCAAAUACUGGAAGAAGUCAUUAGAAGUGGGAACAUUCCAUGUCAUGGCAGAACAGGAAUGUUAUGUGCCGGUGGAGGACUUUUACCGCCCGCGCUUCUCGAUGAAUCGAGAGUUCCAAAGUUCUACUUGGAUGCUCUAGUUGCUUGUGGAGGAACUACAUCCAGUGCUCUACCAAAUACUGGUUUAGUCUACAACUUAAUGGGAACAUCUGGACUCCCAAAAGACGUUCUAUCGCACAUUUGGUCAGCUGUGAAUCGGGCGAAACCGGGUCAAUUGACUCGUCCUGAGUUCUUCUCUCUUCUGGCUCUCAUUGCAUUGGCACAAAAAGGAGAAUCUUUAGCGGCGUUGUGUGCAAUGAACUCGCUUCCAAUUCCUUAUCUGAAUCCAGUUCAAGCGUUUCCAACUGCUUGCAAUCCAGCACCAACAGUUAACACAUCAUCUUCAUUUGUGCCUUUCGGAAAAAUUAAACCAUCUGCUUUCAUCCCAACAUCACUAUUGCCACGAAGGAGUAUGAGGAAAAAGAAAGAUACAGAUUCAAAGGAGGCGUCUGCUCAUAACUCGCCCGCGAAAAGCGGUGCUCAAGACUUGGCUGGCCUAGAUUUCAGUAAUGACAUUUCUGAUAUAAUGGAAGAUAUAAAGGAUGCGAACGAGACGCCCAAUCAACAAUGCUGGCGAGAAACUGUUCAUGCGAUUUACAUAGUCGUCGAAGAAGCAAAUCAAUUAUUCAAAGAUGUCAAAAAGGAUGUGAUUUUGGAAAUAUUAGAAACAGAAAAAGGAGAAAACUACUUCAAAAGUUUGGCAAAAACUUUCGAAACACUGGAAAGAGUUUGCAAAUCUGCUGGAGUUCUACUUUCCACUCAAUCCACGAAAGAAGCUGAGUACUGUCGGAAUCUAAAAAGAAAAUGGGAACCCUUUUUUGGAGAAGCAUCAGCUGAUGUGAAUGUAGAACAAUGCACCGAUGACAGAAAAUGUGUAAUCUGUUGCCAACCGGUUCAAAAUCCAAUUGAUUACGGUGGUCAAUGUUUUGAUGUGGCAUGUGCGAAUCUUUGGGUGAACGGAGUCAGUUCAACACUUCCAAGUCUUCAUUUGAAAUAA